CCCGAGCGAAGCGAACCCGAACGAAACGAACCAACCCGAAACCCGUCGCCGUCGUCCGUGAGACCGAGCGCAGCAGUAGGUAGCAGUAAACCCGUGAAGAAACUGAAGUGAAAAUCGGUGUCCCGUUUGUGUCGCAAAAAUCGCCCAUUUAAUCAGUGAAUUUCCGCGAAAAAUUAGUGCCAAAAAGUGCUCCAACUCGUCGGCCACCGAAUGCGAUAGGUUUCGACCGGCCGUGGAGGGCUCCCGGCGCCGGGAAAUGCAUUUUCCUUUCGGCGACUCCACCGCAAUAAUGGAUGCAGCAGCUCAGUCGUAGACGAGCGAGAAAAGUGAAGAAACAGUGCGGAGUGAGAAAAAUGUUCCAGCCUGACGUCACGCAGCAGCAGCAGUCGUCGCCGUCUUCCUUCGUUGUUCUCGAAAGGUGUGUAUGGAUGAUUGGGACGACGGACGGAUUGGAUGUAUACAUGGCCAGCCAGAUAGCUAGUGGAGUUGUUGCUGUUGCUUGUUUUGCUGUCCUCACAGCGAGAUUUACGAGUUCUUCCACAUCACCGAGUUGUUCAGCAGAGGCGGACGCAGAAACGGGGAAGUAGUUUGAAUUAGUGAUAGGAAAUUGAUGAAGAAGUGUAAAAUGAAGGUUUAAAAAACUGUGUGCGAUCCAGUGACAUCUAGUGUUGUGUUUGGAAAGUGUGAAUACCAAUCAAAAGUCUAAGCACAAGUUUGUUGGGGGGAAAAGAUUGUGAGUUCGGGAGUUCUUUGCACAUCACCGUCGCUACGAUGUACGCAAUGGAUGACAAGAACUCGUCCGGGAGUGGUGGCGGUGGUAGUGGUACCGGAAGUCUCGGCGAAACCAAAGUCAUCUACCACAUUGACGACGAGACGACACCCUACCUGGUCAAGAUUCCACUGCCCUCGAGUCAAGUCACGCUGAAGGACUUCAAAAUGGUUCUGAACAAGCAGAACAUCAACUACAAAUACUUCUUCAAAUCGAUGGACGCCGACUUUGGCGUGGUGAAGGAGGAGAUAGCCGACGAUUCCACAAUAUUGCCAUGUUUCAACGGGAAGGUCGUGUCCUGGCUGGUGACGGCCGAUGGAUCCAACCAGUCAGACUGUUCAGAGCUGCAGCCCACGGAGAUGAUCGACGGCAGGCCAACGUUGGCCCAGCUGCGAACCAUGAACAAGCCAAUGAACAACAUGAUGACCAUCCCGAUGAACCCCCUGACGUACCAAUCGGCCUCGGUCGUGUCCAGCGAUCUGGACUCGACCAGUCUCUUCGAGACGGAGAGCGAAAUCACCCUAGAUAGAGAUAUGACCGAGUGCAGCAGCGUCCAGCGGUUACAGGUGCGUAAAAAGCCCCAGCGGCGUAAAAAACGGGCGCCCUCGAUGUCCCGGACCUCCUCCUACAGUUCCAUCACCGAUUCGACCAUGUCGCUGAACAUCAUCACGGUGCAGAUCAACAUGGACACGGUGAACUUCCUCGGGAUAUCGAUCGUGGGCCAGUCGAACCGGGGCGGCGACGGCGGAAUCUACGUCGGCAGUAUAAUGAAGGGCGGCGCGGUGGCACUGGACGGCCGCAUCGAGCCCGGUGAUAUGAUAUUACAGGUAAACGACGUCAACUUCGAAAACAUGACCAACGAUGAGGCGGUUCGUGUUCUUCGGGAAGUUGUCCAAAAACCCGGUCCAAUCAAACUAGUUGUUGCCAAAUGUUGGGAUCCGAACCCGAAAGGAUACUUCACAAUCCCCCGCACGGAACCGGUCCGGCCGAUCGAUCCCGGAGCGUGGGUCGCACACACGGCCGCCCUCCGCUCCCAGGACACCAUCAACACCGAACUGCCCGAGUCCGUACUGGAGCGGCUCCACGUGGACAUGGACAUGAAGGACAUCGUACGUGCAAUGACCAAACCCGACAGCGGACUGGAAAUCCGCGAUCGGAUGUGGCUGAAAAUUACCAUCCCCAAUGCGUUCAUCGGUGCCGAUGUGGUCAAUUGGAUUCUGGAGAACGUGGACGGCAUCGGGGAUCGGCGGGAGGCCCGGAAGUACGUUUCGCUAAUGCUGAGGCGAGGCUACAUCAAACACACCGUCAACAAGCUAACCUUCUCCGAGCAGUGCUAUUACGUCGUCGGUAACGGAAUCCGGCAGGACAUCUCCAACAUGUCGCUGGACGAUACGGAGAGUAUGCUGAGCGAUAUUGCCCCGUUGCCGAACCCACCGAUCUACAUGACCUAUUCCGGCAACUACAACCCCUCCCAUGGCUACCAGCCGAUUCAGUACGGAUGCACCGGCGAACGGCAUCCCUCGUCCGGGUCGAGCAGUUCGGACAUCCUGACCAGUAAGGACACGUCAGCAUCGCAAAGCGACAUCGCGGCCGUCAUCCAGCAGACCAACCAGAUGACGAUCGCCAACGCGUCCAACAAAUCUUCCGGAUCAUCGAACCGCGGUAAUGAGCAAGAUAUGUCAGAGUUUAAAACCGGCAGUGGUGGCAGCGGCAGCGGUGGCGGCAUCAUCGUCGGGGGUGGUGGUGGCAUCCGAUGUGGCAGUGGUGGCGGUAAGCUGGUCCAUCAGCUGACCGGUGGCAGCGCCAACGACGACGAAGGCUACGAGGAGAGCUUGUACUUCCAACCGACGAGGACACUUCGGAAGGACCAACAGCAACAGCAACAGAUAUAUCACAACAGUGGCAGUAAGUAGGGUAGAUGGUGAGGCUUUGGUUACCUCUUCUUUGGUAAACUUGGCUGGUACCAGUGGCGCAGGAAGGGGGAAACUGAAUGACGGCAGAGAUUGGUACCUAGUUGAACUGCGGCGUCCUAGGAGGAGGCUUGUUGACAGUAUAUGGCUCAACAACAAGGCCUGUUAGUGUGAUCUCACGUUGGUAUCUUAUUGCAUAAAGGCAGGCAGACAAUGCUCCUGCAAAUGAGACAGCAAGGUUCUAGGAAACUGUAAAGCUGGUGGCGCCGCUUAACACGUUUCAAUAUCGGCAAAAUGUUUACCGAAUACCCAAUCGUAAGUAGCCAAAAUUUAUAGGUUUGUCUCAAAAUCACAAGGGUUUUUGAUCACUGGUCGAAGAUAGUUUGACUCACUUGGACUACACUUCUACGUAUCAGUCGGAUUCCCAGAAAAUGUUAUAUAUGACCUCAUUCAGAAAUUCUACGACAUCUUUUUGUGUGAGUCGAUAUGCUUUGUCCGUCUGGUUUUUCAGGAGUUCAGCAGAAUGAUGCAGCUCUGGUUGUCCUCCUGGAAAAUCACUGGGUAACUGAUGUCUUAGCCUAGCCCUCGCAUCAGCUUCAGUAGCCAGAAUAGCGUCUUGCUUGCUCCGACGAGUGCGACAUAAUCCGCUUCGGUUAACGGCAAAGUUAUGCACUCCUGCUUUAACAAGAGACCGGAAUCUGACUUCCGGUCGAUGUGACAACCAGCCCAAUCGGCGUCAGCGUAGCCCUCGAGUGAGAUGACCAGCAGCUCAUCCUAGCUGCAGCUUCAGUCCAGCAGUUUCCUUCAAGUAUAGCAGCGCUCGGCUCGCUCUCCAUUGCCCUGCUGACCUUACGUUUGAGGAUGGACGUCGUGAUAGCUGAAUCUGGACGUGUGCGGCGACAUAGAGACUCUCGUGUUUCUCGGUGGUGGCCAUAACCUUCUCCUCCUUUUGCAGCCAGCAUCCCUCGGAAUCUGUGAUGGUUUUGCUUGCUCCAUCUCGAAUGUAGCCAAAACCUUCGUUAUGUAGCUUUCUUGACGAAGCAGAAAUCCUCCGUCCUCUUGUCGCUCGACCUAAACGACGAAGUACUGCUUUACAUUACCCAGACAAGUAAUCUUAAAUUUUCUUUCCUGGUGCUUCCGUGCACUCCGGCACUCCGUGUCGUCUUUGGUGGCGAUCAACAUGUCAUCUACGUAAAAUAGGAUAGCCUUCACGAAAAGGCUGCUGUCAGCUUCCGUAGCUUCGUACCCCAGCCCUUUCAAGACAUAGGCAGUGGUCCAGUUCCGGACCCUUCGGUUUGCUUCAGGCCAUACAAGCCCCUCCUCAAAUGACACACAGCUUCUGGAUUCCCGGAUUUAUACCCGGGCGGCUGCCGCAUCCGCAUGUAAAUACUCUCCGAAACGUUGCAACGCCUUGUCAUGCAAAUAUACCGUCAUGACAUCUUCAAGCUUUACUUGCAUCUCCGACGAGCUGCAAUUGACAAAUCUCUCGCCGAACGCUGUUUCUCCGUGACCAUUACUUAAGGGUGAACUGUUAUCUUUGUCCCUAACUAGCGAUUUUUUUCCGUCAGUCUGGAAGAAAGCAAUCGUGUUCCCCGUUCACAAAAAAGGCGAUCGAAAGGAUGUCAGUAAUUACCGAGGAAUAUCAUCUCUCUGCGCCAUCUCGAAACUAUUCGAACUCAUUGUUAUGGAACCGCCGAUGUCUCAUUGCAAGCCGUACAUUAGUGAAAAUCAACAUGAUUACAUCUCGGGUAGAUCCACUACCAUCAAUCUCGUGAACAUUACAUCUCAUAUUACGGCGGAACAAGCCCAAACAGAUGUGGUCUACACGGAUUUGAAACUUCAUUUGACUAGAUUAAUCAUGUUGUGACGAUCGCUAAACUGAGGAUCGCCGGCCAAACACUACGCUGGCUCUACUCCUACCUCACAGAACGCUUUCUGACAGUUGAACUUGAUGGACAUUUCUCGGAUACUUCCAAGGCUACAUCUGGAAUACCUCAAGGAAGUCAUCUGGGUCCUCUAAUAUUCCUGCUGUAUUUCAACGAUGUCAACUACGUUAUCAAAGGUCCACGAUUAAGCUUCGCAGACGAUUUGAAAAUGUUCCUGUGCAUUCGUUAUAUCUGUGAUGCUACGAUGCUUCAAGCUGGUUUGAAUGCCUUCCCGCACUGGUUCAGUUUGAAUCGUAUGGUAGUUAACCCUGAAAAAGGCCCCGUAUUUCGUUCUCUCGGAGAAAACAGCCAAUCAUGUUUAACAACCAGUUACACGGGACAGAACUUCAACGAGCUGACCAUGUGAAAGACUUAGGUGUAAUUCUGGACGUUCAGCUGACUUUCAAACACCAUUUGUCGUAUGUUAACGCGAAGGCUUCUAGGACUCUGGGAUUCAUCUUCCGUAUUGCCAAGGACUUUGCCGACGUCUUCUGCCUCAAGUCACUCUAUUGCUUGCUUGUUCGUUCAACUCUAGAAUAUUGUUCCACUGUCUGGCUUCCAUACUAUCAGAACGGCAUAGAAAGGAUUGAAUCGGUUCAGCGUCACGUCAUCCGUUUCGCACUUCGUAGGCUUCCCUGGCGUGACGCUCACCGAUUGCCGAGCUAUCAUAGUAGAUGUCGAUUGAUACACCUCGAAACGCUACAAACACGUAGAGAUGUUGAUAGAGCGAUUAUAGUCGCGGAUUUGCUGCAAGGGAGAAUAGAUUGUCCUGCUAUUCUUGCACUGAUCGACAUUAGUGCUGGCAGCAGAAGAUUACGGACUAAUGCCAUGUUACGAUUGCCGCUCCGACGAGUUCUUUUUGGGCAAAACAAUGCAAUGAUUGGCAUGCAACGUUGUUUUAACCACAGAGAACAGACAUCCAAGUCCAGUUCCAAAGCUAAGGAAUUCAACCGUUAUUUGGAAUGGCAACACAAGCAAGGAUGGGAACACUCACAUGCAAAGAGUUACACUCACUUGAAGUUUUCUCUGCUCAGAAGCGUGCAAUCAACAAACGAUGUAUGAACGACUUUUGCCUUGUGGUUUUGUCUAAAAGUUUGCCGAAUAAAGUAGGAGUCGCACACGCAUAACUAAGUCGUUCGGGAUCUGAGAAGGCAACUCUCCACGAGGUGACACUCACCUCGUGGAGAGUCGCUUUCACAGCUGUGUCACGACUUUGGGAUUCGUGUGCGACCCCUACUCUAUUCGGCAAAGUUUUAGACAAAACUACAAGGCAAAAGUCGUCCAUACAUUGUUUCUUGGUUGCACGCUUCUGAGCUGAGUAAAUAGCAAGUGAGUAUGAUUCUUUGAAAGAGAGUGUUCCCAUCCCUGAACACAAGUGGCAACAUGGUGAUGGCGCUGCUCUGCUAUCGCAAAGUUCCCACCCUGCUGCCAGUGGUGAAUAUCAAACAUAUUUAAAUAUGCUUAUUCAGCACUGACUGUAGCAAUAUGCUGCUUAGGUGACGCAAGGGUUCUAAACGCAAAAAAAAAAUGAUUCCUUACACAGCUUUCGAGAGAUAUUUUGUCUAGCUUAGAUGUCUGUUCUCUGUGUUUUAACAGAGUUGCGCCAGGUUUUGACUUCCGUCUUCCCAGGCAAAUCAUCCGUCGUAAUUUUAUUGAAGAGCUCACCUCUAAGAUGGUGUAAUGAAUUGUAAAUACAACAAUAUUGUAGUUGUUUUGUUCUACGUAUCAUUUUUUACUGUUAUUUGACCCAACUUCGUUGUUAUUCUUUAAUACAAACCAUCAUUGGGACAAUAAUUCUGUUGAAGUAAUAAUAAUCUAUCCAGAAACUAGUGUAGUGUGUUUCGCAGCCGGCGCGUAGGCCUCGUCGUAGUCAGUACCAAAUGUUUGACUGCAUCCCUUCGCGACGAGUAGGGGCUUGUACCUUGUCACAUUUUCAUGCUCGUCUAUCGGUUUCCAAUUGGACGGUAAUCGUACAAUGUUCCAAAGAAGUUUCUUUGCUGAGCUGCAUACUCUUCAUCCAUCGCGACCUUCCACUGCUCCCGCUUUUGGUAGCGAUUGUGGUUCCAAUGUUUGCUGAUUCACCAGGGUACUGUUUUCACGGAAUCGAAAUUGCAGCACUCCCUUGUUCGAUCGGCUUGACACACGUAUUAGCGUUCUCGUUGAAGAUGGUCCUCUCGGUCCGUUGAGAGGACGUGCACCCGAUACACCUAAUCUAGGAAUCGGUAUGCUUUCUGCUGAGACGAACAUCCCACGAAAAUCAUCUUCUGUGAGGCUGCAUCCAACUUCGUUUGGUUCUGCUUCGGGAUCCACACCACGCUUCGUAUGGUGUGACCUAGUCGGUAGUCGGUUUUGAAGGUAGUUCGCUGUGUUUAAGGCCUCUGCCCUAUACUUCGUCGAUAGUUCUGUGAUUUGCUAUUCCGUUCUGCUGUGGAGCGUGCAGUGAAAAACUUUAAGAAACUUCUCCAGGGACCUGUUCUUGAUCUCACCACCGUUGUCAUAGCGAAUGAUCUUCGGUCACCCCCAUUACGAAAUUUCACAGCUUCUCACAAGGUAAGCAGGUGGCAGCCGUGGUGGUUCCGACCGGUGCGCUGCAUUGUAUCAAGAACGUCCACAACGCCAUGAAAGUCAAUGACAAAAGGCACGCACCAAACUACCAGCACGUUUGGCACAGGCUUAAAAUGGAUGAUUCCGGUUUCUCUGGUCACUCUUGGUGUCCGAUUCUUGAUCUCUGGCUUGCAGUAGUGAUAAACAAUGACCUUCUUUCCGGAUCAAGCCUUUAGAACGUGUUUACCGAAACUUCCUUGCAUCGCCACUUCGUCGUUUAGCUUGGUUUUAACGAGAUCCAGUGUCAACUUGUCGUCCGCCCAACUCUCAAACGCGGUCGUUAGGGUGUUGAAAGUUUUCGAGAGACUACUUAGCCCCUGCGUCACCAGCAACUGUUCAUCCAGCUUCAGCCCUAUCACGGAGAGACGCUCGAAAACUUCCUCCAUUACGUUCACGUGCUUCUCCAUGUCCUCUUCACCUAGUACCGUUUGGCAAACGAACUCCGGAGAUACGAUACCUUAGAUGUCGGCGUCGGCUUCUCGAAAAGGUUCUUCAGCCUGUCUGCCUGUGCUUUACACGUACCGUUUUUGACUGUUCGAUGAGGUUAUAUUGGUUGCUCUCCCUCGAAAGACCGAUUGUCGUUCGCGCACGCUGGUGUCCGAAAUCCCGAACAUCAACCCCAAGUAACCAAAAGUUCAGAUAAAAGGGUACUUUAUAAGCUAAGCAGCUUGUUCGAGGUCGCUCAUUAGCCUUCUAAGCAGCUUCAUUUUUAAGUAAUUUUGGAACUUGCAAGUUCACAUAAGCACGCUGCAUAGCCUUCUAAGCAGCUUCUGACUGAACUUUGGCAAAAUUCAUGCAGAAACAAAAAAUGUGUUUGUCAGAAUCACAACCCUGUUGGUGGGUUUGUGAUUCACAUCUGGAAAUUGCUUCUAAUAAUUAUAUUUUCACACAUGUCGCUGCUAUGUAGAUUUGAACUGGAUCCUCCUGCGUGAUAGCCUUCCGACUUACCGCUGCGCUGCUGAAGACACUUGACAAAGUCAAGCUAACUUCACUACUGUACAAAUGUGCAAAACUAGCUGCCGACAGAAAAACGAUUCAAGUCAGACUUCAUCUGCUGUCCACUCAAUAGCAGCUGUAGUACUGUGGUAGAGUGUAGGGUUCUCACGCAGCGACUAUCGGUUCGAAUCCGAUGGGCGAAAUUUUUUUUUGCUCAAGCCUAGUAUUCAUUGAUUUGAUAAAUUCACAUUUGUCUUUUAUUCGUGUUCGCUUAAACAAUUGUUUUCUGUAAAAGAUAUAAAUUUAAUCUUCAUUGAAACACAAUGCUACUGAACUGAACUUCUAUGAACUUGAAAGUUCCGACAAAGUUCCGACAUAGCAUCUUAAGCAGCUUUAAAGUUCCGCGAAGUUCAGAUAAAGUUCCGAA